CAACGAAACAAAGGAAAAGUGUAGAGUCAAAACGAAAAAAUUUAUCACAAUUAGCCAGGAAAUUACAAUCAAUCGGAUUUAAAAGAAGGAAGUUAAUUAUAUUCCUGCGAAUCUCCAUAAUAUAUUUGAAAAACUUACAUUAUUGAAUUUAUUAUUCGUCAGUGAUAAAUAAUUGUGUUAAACAUUGAAGCCGCAUGAAGGUUUGCUUUGCGCAAAGGAAUCCAAGUCAUCAGCUUAGCAAUUGGCAAAGUUAAAGCAAAGAAGGGGCGGAUUACAGCGGUGACAACGAAGAGUGCAAGACAAAAUAGUUGAAAAUUCUCGAAUACCGUAAAACUAUUUUCCAUUUCGCCAAUAGUCCUUUGAUUUCAUUGUACGCCAAUAAAUCUCGAAUUAGACUGAAGUGGAAACAUUGUUUUCUUGAAAUUUUCUGCUACUUGAAGCCUCCAAACGUACAUACAUAAAUUUAUUCUCAAUCCCUCCAGCAUCAUAGCUUGCUACUUAGUUUGAAAAAAAGAAAAUGAUGGUAGAAUCCGAUGGAACUGCUGAUGCCACUCGUCGCCUCAAUGUCAAAAAGCAAACCCUUGAUGAUGCGUAUGCGGUGCCAGCCAAUUUCUUGGAAAUUGACGUGGUCAAUCCUUUAACAACAAUGGCAGCAGGCAAGAAACGCUAUACGGAUUACGAAGUACGAAUGCGGACAAAUUUGCCAGUAUUCAAAGUAAAGGAAUCUAGUGUACGUCGAAGAUACAGUGACUUCGAAUGGUUAAGGAAUGAGUUGGAACGCGAUAGCAAGAUAGUCGUUCCGCCCUUACCAGGCAAGGCAUGGAAACGCCAGAUGCCUUUCCGCGGCGACGAAGGUAUAUUUGAUGAAAAUUUCAUCGAAGAAAGACGUAAAGGGUUAGAAGGGUUCAUUAAUAAAAUCGCUGGACAUCCGUUGGCGCAGAAUGAACGCUGCUUACACAUGUUCUUACAAGAAAAUGUGAUCGAUAAGAACUACGUGCCCGGCAAGAUUCGCAACACAUAAGAGGCGAUAAUCUAAGGUACUGAAAGGGACGUGUGGAAUGUGUGCCGAAAAAAAGUGGUUGUUACUGUUACUCAAGUGCACACGUACUGGGAAAUCAAGUUGAAUGAGAAAAAGUAUAUACAAAUGCGAAUAUAAAUACAUAUACAUAUAUUGGAGGAUUUAACUGCUCAGAAGGGUUUAUUUUUCAAAUUUCGGGUUUAUACAAUAUUUAAAAUAGAUUUAAUGUAUGAAUUGGACGUUAUAGAUAUUCUACUAUAUGGGUAUACACACAUACAUACAUAUAUUUUCGAAUUCCACAACUACUUUAACUUUAAUAUCGUGCCGAGAAAUUAUUAAAAUAUGAACGUAAAAUAACAAAGAUUACUCAAGGCUUAUAAGGUAAAAAUGAAGAGUAAAAAUUAAGACGAACAAACUAUCUUUAUAAUUAUUAUGUAUAUAAAUGUAAUACAUACCUUAUAUUUGGAAAACAGUCAUUAUUUUGACGUUUAUGUACUUGCAGAUUUAUAUUAAAAUAUUUCGUGUUUAGAGAAAGCCUUAGUUAUAUUUUUACGUUGCGGUCAAAAGUUUUGGAAAGUCGAAUGAGUAAAUAAAUUUCAUAGUUGUACUUUUCUUCAACAUAUUUAUCAAUA